UAGUUUUUGUUCCCGCCAAUAACUGUUAUAUGAUUUCCAACCGUUGCACCCGCGCAAACUGACCAUUCUCGUACAGUAUAUAUACACUGAAUUCCUAAACACCCUUUAGCAAAAACAGUCACAACGUUUCCCUAUUUCCCUAUAAAUAUACUACUGCAUUCUCAUUUCCAAUUGCCCCAGUACCACAGCCACACUACUCGACUCCUCUCUCUCUCUACACACACACACACAAAACACACACACACAGUACGCAGACUCACAUUUCUCUCACGUACAUAACCAAUGGCCGCUUUCAAACUGAACCCCAAUGCAAAGGAAUGGCACCCUUCCGUUGAAUCCCCGGUGGAAAACCGGUCACUCUACAUGACCUUCUCCAAUGGUUAUCCACUCUCCGAAUUUCAAAUUCACCGUUUUUUCAUGGCACGGGGAUUCGGGGCGUACGUGGAAAAGAUCGAUAUACACCAACCGAGGGAUACCGAUUACCCGUUAUUUGGAAAGAUCACUUUCAAACUUUCAUGUGUGCCAGCGCUGAUACUGAAUGGUGAAGAGAAGGUCAAGUAUUGCAUUGACGGCCGCACUGUUUGGUGCAAAAAAUACAAUCGCAAGGCCAAUUUGAAGGCUUGAUUAUACCGUAUACAUUGCUGGCCGUGGCAUGACAUGCUCCUAUAUGAAUGUGCUGAACUCUAUCUUUAAUUUUUAUGUUUGACACAUGUUUACGUAUCUGGAUUCUGUAAG